GCAGCGGGACCGUUUCCGGUGUCACCCUGGCCCUGCUGAAACGUGUUGGUGUGGGACUCCCUGUCUCCGGGAACGGGACAGCGAGAGAUAUAAUAAAAAAUAAACACACAGCAGGGGGUUGGGGUGGGGGCCAAGAGCUAGUCAGGUCUCUGAGAUUUACAUGGGGCCGAAGGUAAUGAAGAAGAAGAAGGAAAGGCCUGGCCCUGGGCCUGGGGACAGGGACCAGGAGCUCUCCCGCCUGGACGGCCCCACUCUCGGGUAUUUCCGGCGGGUGGGCGACACCCUGGAGCAAGGUUUCGAGGAGGAGGAAGAAAAGGGUCUCUUUGUCACCAACGUCCUGGAAGAAGUGCGGGGCCAGGAGCUGGAGCUGUGCACCAACGCCUCAGUGAGCCCGGUCCUGGAGCGGCUCCUGGAGCAUUGCGGCACCCUGGAGCUGCGCCGCUUCCUGGCGUCUGUGCGGCACUGCCGGGCACGGCUCGUCCGGCACUGCUGUGGUGCCCAUGUCCUCCAGACGGCGCUGCUGCGGGCCGCUCGCCUCGGGAGGGAGCGGCUAGAGGAGGAGGGCGAGGAGGAGGGGAGCCUGGCAUCCCUAAUCCAGGAGCUGAGUGCUGAGGUGCGGGAGCACUUCCUGGAGUGCGCCCGGCACACCCACGCCAGCUUUGUGCUCCGCACCGUGCUGCAGGUGUUGGGGGGAGCCAUCCCGGAGGCCGAAAGCACCAAGGGGAAGGCCCCGCGAGGGCUGAAGUGUGGCACGCGUGUGGGAAAAGUGAAGGAGUUUGACGUUCCAGACGGAUUCCUGGCGGAGCUCCGUGAGUUGGCGAAGCUGUUGGAGGUGAACGUGAAAGGUUUCCGUGAAACGCUUCAACCGGGGACUGCGAGUCUUUAUGUCAAACUUUCCCCGGGCCUCGCCAACUCCAAAAUUCCCAACCCAACACCGACCAUCCAGGCUCAGAUCAGACUCCAACUUGUCAAGAGGGCUGCAGAGGGCUCGAUGGCCGAAUGGCCUAUUCCUGCUCCUACGUCCCUCGUUCUCAGGGACGAACGCCCUCGUUUCGUCGCUCAAGAGAUGUGGGCGUCGCUGGGCUGGGCCCAGCAAUCAAUCGUCCCUGUCCCUAAUUGCCACCACCUCCCGCUCCCCCCUUUCGGAAGGUUGGAGGUGAGCUGCCAUCUUGAAACGCUGCAGGCCCGUGUGCUGUCGGGUAGAUCCACAGCGUCCCUCUCAGGGAGGGGAAUUCCAGGGAUUCGGACCCAGCCACGCUGA